UUAGUGGACUAUGGGAACAGAAAAAGUGCAUAAAAAAGGCUCUACGUAGUACUCUUCAUACUGUUAAAUAUCGUCUCUCAUUGUUCGUGUUUGCUUGCUAAUUUCAGAAUGGACGCCGUAGAGGAAAUCAGUAAGGCCAGAUACAUAGCGACUGAACCCAUCAAUUUUCUUAUUUUGGCAAUUCAAGGGAUGCUCACUACCCUCCGUACACUUUACUUUCGAGAGACUCUCGCCAGUGAUUAUGAGUACAACUUGCUUCCUCAACAAGAUGGCAAUUGCUCACUUCCGAACGUGUCCAACCCCCUUGAAGUCCAGAUCAACUCUGAGACAGCACUGUGGGUUAUGUGGUUAGCAAGCAUCUCGACCUUCAUACCCAUCCUUACUGCAUCUGUUCUGGUUGCUACUUCGGAUUUCAUCGGUCGGAAACCCAUUCUGAUAUUUUCAGCGACCGGUCACCUCAUUGCGUCUCUAAUCUAUCUCCUUGUUUCUGUGAUGAGGCUGCCCCUUGCCGUGACCUUCCUCGCAGCCAUAACGUUAGGAGUCUGUGGUGACACAUCGGCAGCAAUUACUGUCUGUACUGCUUACAUUGCGGACUCUACAAGUGGUAAUACCCGCACACAGAGAUUAGUUUUACAAUCACUCGCCGUAUAUGCAGGAUGGGGUUGUGGCCAGGCUGUUGGUGGUGUGCUUCUACGGUACCUCGGUAACUUCCCCGUGUGUUUCGCAGUGCCGGUAGCACUAUCCGUCAUCAAUCUAGCGUACACAGUAUGUCCAGGGGUACUCCUUGAGACGAUGCCCCCUCGAGAGCAUUUCAAUGCCAAGGAAGUCCUCUGCAAAAGUUUCAAGAACCUCCGAGGCAUCUUCAGCAGGAGGAUGUCGGAGGAAAGAUGGACGGUGUGGUGUCUGAUCACCAUAGUUUGCCUACAAAAUCUCGUAAUUGAGAGUCUUCACGAUAUUAUCAUCAUCUAUGGUCUUGGAAGCCCAUUUUGUUGGACAGCUGAUAUCGUAGGCUACUAUUCUGCUGCUGUCUCUCUCUUUCCUGCAGGAGUUGCAUCGCUCAUUGUGAGGCCACUACUGAGGUGCUUUUCGGAAUACUGGCUCAUCCAUUUUUCGCUCAUUUCUGCUAUCGCCCAAAAAGUGACGUCAGCAUUGGCACAGAAUACAGUUCAGCUAGCCAUCAUUGCAACUGUCGUCAGCUUUAUGAGAACCACUGCUUCACCUGUUUGCAAGGAUCUCAUUUCCAGAGCGGUUUCAAAGAGAGAGCAUGGAAUGUAUUUCGCCUUGUUAUCCUUUGCUACGAGUCUAAUGGCUGUCUGUUCACCCUUUCUCGUCAAUGGACUAUUCGCAUACACGAAUAAGAUUGGCUUCCCUCAAAUCACAUUUUAUGUGACUUCAGUUAUCCUACUUAUCCCUAUGACAUUGAAUGGAAUAAUGCAGUAUUACGUUCAGAAGACACAGAGGGAAAUGGAGUCGCCACAAAACGACGACCAUCUACGUCUUGAACCUCGUGAAGACGAACAUUUACUUUUGCCUCGAAGCAAUGCCAAUCAACAUUAAGCGAAUAAGUACCAGUAAUAUCAAUACUUGAUUAUAAAGUAUCUCAAAAUAUAGUGACUAAUAUAGUUACGAUAUAACGUAGUUGCUAGGAGUGCUCUCCUACACCCCGACAUAAUUGUGACUUCUAACGAUAUGACCUUUAAAAUUAGUGACUAAUACACGACAUACCAUAAUAAAUUUAUGUAUUUACUGGGGUCCUCCAGAACGCCCCCUCCUCACGUUGUAAGAUUUGUAUAUGUAUAUGUAAGUACAUAAUGUUAGAAAAGCAGCCGUUCAAAUGAACAAUUUGAUCGAACCGAAUUGAGGCAAAAUGAAGCUGAAUAUAUUUUGUCAGUCUUGUAGUUUAAAGGACGGCACCCUAUACAAAAAAUCUCAAAAUAAAAGCUUCAUCGGUUGAAUGUGGCAUCCAAAAACCAGGGCGCCCCGCAAGAAAAGUAUGAUCGGGUACAGGAUAGGUAGACAACCUGGUUUGGACAAUUGUGACACUUAAGAGUGGUAAUCGGUCAAAAUGUUCAUUAUUCUGUUUAUAGCAAGGCAGUCAGUAGACAUUCAUUUUAUUUACAUUGUAUUGGUAUGUAAAUAAACAGCAUAUCCUUUAACAAGAACAUUUUUUAAAGCAUAUCAAAGAAAAUCUAAAUAAUAUUAUAAUUCAAUUGGCAACAAUGCUCCAAAAUGAUGAAAAGGAAAAUAUGCAUUUCAGAUUAAUUAAUGAACUACAGUUAUCAUUAUGCUUCCCCAUAAUAUCCUGUCUUUUAUUAUUGAUAGCAUUGUAUCACAAAUACCCCAGCUAUUGAUAGUAAUAUACUGUGCUAGUAAUAUACUCCACUAGUACAACUACCGACUUUGGGGUUAUGACUGUUGUAAAUAAAGUUUAUUGUGUGUACAGUAAGAAGUGGAAGAAAGGUUUCCAUUUAAUUAUUUACUCUGCGUACUCGGACCAUAACACACUAUGAAACCGUGAAUAAGAAGUAUGCACUUUUAUUUAUAUAGGACAGCAUAGAUAUGUAUCGUUCUUUACUGCAUGUUUCUAUUCAUAAUGCUCAAUUGUAAAUCAUCUAUAGUUUUCUUUUUAAUAUAUUUUUUUAAAAACCAUUAUGAUAUCAAAAAGAAUGUUGUUUUCAUGGGGAUUUAGUAAUUCCGAUAUUAGUGAAACUUGUAACUGUAGAGAAGAUUUAUUUCAUGUUUUUUAAAUGUGAAAUGAACUUUUAUGGAAAUGAUAAAGCAUGCCUAUAAUGUAGAUUUUGAUUUUAAUAUAGGCUUAGGCCUUUUGUUAAAAACCAAUUUGGAAAAAAAUAUUGAUGAUAUUGUUACAAUUGCCUUUUGGAGCUAAUAUAAAAUGAUAAUUUUGAGAAACGAAAUAGAAAAAGAUGAAAGGAUAAAAAAAAAAUCAUGGUAUAUAUUAUUUUGAAAGAAGUUAAGAUUCGUUUGGACAUUAACGCAGCUCUGUCAAAAUAAGAGAAGCGAAAAUUUAUAAUUUACCUGAAUUCAUAGAAAUGUAUGUGUCAAUUAUUAUAGUGGUUGUGUUAAACAAAAAUAUAUGUGAGUUUGAUUAUUUUGUUGAAAUAAAAACACCUGUUAAGGGUGAAAGAAAAGAAUGAUUAGAGCCAUGAAGAAAACGAAUGAAAAAAAA